UUAACUGAUACAUAAGGAAGAAAGAUAAUAUUAUACCAUUAAUGAGAAUAAUUCUUGUUAUUUAUAAUUCUUAUAAUCAAACUGUUAUUCAUCAGUUCACUGCAUUCAGUACAUUCUAGCUAUUGCAAGGAAUUAAAUAGGUCAUUUUUCCGAAGUAAAAAAACAUUGUUUUUUUAGUGUUGAGUAUCUAUAUAAUAUAUUAAUUAAUAUGGCCGAAAAGGGAAAAAUUGGAAUCAUUGGAAGUGGUCUAAUAGGACAGAGCUGGGCUAUGUUAUUUGCAAGUGCUCGUUAUAAUGUUACAAUCUAUGACAUUAACUUAGAGCUAGUGAAUUUGGCCUGCGAAAAAAUUAAAUCAGAAUUAAAAACAAUGGAAAAAAAUGGAAUUCUAAGGGGCAUUAUUACUGCUGAACAACAAAUUGAACUUAUUAAAGGUGUAACUAAAUUGGAAGAAGUCGUAGAAGGUACAAUUCUUAUUCAAGAAUGUAUACCAGAAGUAUUACCUUUAAAACAACAGUUGUAUGACCAAAUAGAUAAAAUUGUUGGUCCUCAAACUAUUAUUUCCAGUUCAACUUCUACAUUCUUGCCAUCAAUUCUUUCUGAAAAAAUGGAACAUCGUAAUCAGUUAAUUGUUUCACACCCAGUUAAUCCUCCAUAUUUUGUGCCACUCGUAGAAAUUGUACCGUCUGAAUGGACUGAAGAUUGGGUAGUUAAGAAAACAAGAGCAAUUAUGGAAGAAAUCAAACAAUCCCCUGUAACUCUUGCUAAAGAAGUACCUGGGUUUGCUUUGAACCGCAUUCAGUAUGCUAUAUUGAAUGAAUGUUGGCAUCUAGUAAAUGAUGGAGUACUUAAUGUGAAAGAUGUUGAUACAGUCAUGUCUGAAGGUCUAGGUAUGCGUUAUGCAUUUCUCGGUCCACUAGAAACUGCUCAUUUAAAUGCUGAAGGUUUUGUGAACUAUACGGAGCGUUAUUCAAACUCAAUGUAUGGUGUAUGCCAACAAUUCAAGCCAUCACCUAAGUUUGAAGGGCCAUUGGUAAAAGAAAUCGGAGAUCAAUUAAAUGCCAAUACUCCGUUGGAAGACCUCCCAAAACGUAGAUUAUGGAGAGAUCAAUCUUUGAUCAAAUUGUCACAACUUAAAAAAUAUAAUAAUUAUUAAUAUACAUAUUA